AUGCCUUCUAUGACGUCACCGCGCAACAGCUGGUCCUUCGAAGACUGGCGUCACAUUCUAGCUAACGACUCUAUUGCAGGCAAGCCACAGGACAUCCAUAUCACUCUUCUCCAACUUCAACUUGAGGUUUCACUCAUCAGUGAGGAAGUAAAUGCAGACCAGCGUCAGCUCAGGGAAAGUCUGCGCCGGGAGAUGGAUUCCAUGAUUCGUGAGGUCGAUGAUGUAAGGGCAGGUGUGUUGGAGAUGUCCCAUUUGACCGAUGACAUGAGGAACCAUUUUUAUUCACUCCAGCUAGUGUAUAUCAGGAAUCGACUGACAUAG